UCCACAAACUCGAAAGAACUUUGAGUCUGCCUUCGCUUCAGACUGGAAGUUGUGUGGUCCUUUGUGCCAAGAUGUUGCGAUCACUGAAGCAUUCAUGUGAUCUGGCAACUGGCCCUGAGCAACAAGUGGCUAAUCAUACAGAAAGUUUUAAAUCUGAUGGGUGCCUAUCAUUAGGACAGGACAGUAACUGUGGUGAAAUAGAAAGCACAACUCACUCGGUUAAUUACUCCAGUGGAACUGUAGAAGAGCUUGAAUCACUUAUGGCUAACUUGUCUCCUGUAGAGUGCAAUGAAAAUCGAUUGUAUGCUGGUAGAUCAUCAUCCUUUUCAGUUGAAAGAAAAUGGUGUGAUCAGAAAAGAACUGAUUCUACUUUACCAGCUCAGUUUGAAACCCCCAGGAGAACUUACAAGACAAUCACAUUACGGCGGCGACUUCUUGAGUCACAUUCCACCUCCAGUGGAAGCGUAGAAUUAUAUAGAACUCUUAGCCAAUUGAAUGAAGCUGGUGUGGUAGAAUUGUCUUUUACCAGAAUAGGUUGUAAAGAUUCUUUUUGUUCAGACAGUUCACUGGACUCUCCUGAGGACUUGAAUUCUAAAGCUUUGGCAACAAGCACUUUAAACAGCGUGGAAAGUGGCACUUCAUGUAGAACUAAAAGAUAUUUAUUUGCACAGCAGCGUACCUCUACAAUAGACGACUUAAAGGGUAAAAAUGAGUUAGUAUCUGCUGAAUGUAUAACCCUUGAGCAAUCUACAAUAAGUAGUAAGCUUGAUUUCAGCAGUUUCUCUUUUUCUGAAGGCUAUGAUGAAUGCACUUCAACUGAGCCCUUUGAAACACCAUCUAACCAUGGACAAUCUGAAAUAAAUGAAGACCACCAGUUCCUUACUCCUGUGAACAACUUUGUAAUGAAUCUUAGUGAAAACUUGGCAGACAGGGCAGCAUCCAGGACUGCAUCAGAUGGCAAAUUAAAUAACUCAACAACUGAGGACAGUGGCUACACUUCUGUUGGCUUUGAAAAAUCUGAUUCCUUUUCAAACCAUGAACAUUCCUUCCAAGAGUUGGUGCAAAACCAAAAGAGAACACCCAGGAUGCUAGAUUGCAAAAAUUCCCAAAGAAGCUUCGAAAGAUCCAAGCGGUUAUCCACUCUUAGUGAGCGAGGUUCCCAGUCGGAGGCAGAUGAUGAAGACAGAGAAGCUUUUCUUCUAAGAUCAGAUUGCAACUUAGAAUCUUGCACUAGAGAAAAUGAAUUGGUGUUUGAGGAAAAAGCCUGUGUGGAGCCUCUAAAGUCUAAGGAUUUGUCUUGUACCCCUGCUUUACAGUUAGUACAGGAAAUAUGCAUGAGAAAAAGAAAAAGGCUUGGGGAUGCCACUAUGCACGAUCCCGGUCAGUCAGAGGAAAAGACAUUGAGUGAAUCUAUGCCAUCACUAUCCAGACUCAUUGGCAGAAAAAUGGGUUUGGACAAAGUGGAUAUCCUAAAAGAACUAUUGAGCAGAAAUCUGACCCACGUUCUUGCUACAAUUUUGUUCCACUUAACCAUAGAUGAUCUCGGCAGAACAAGAAUGGUGAGCAAAAUCUGGAAGAAAAUUGUCAAGCAAGAUCAGGCAACAUAUCUCAGGAGGAAGCACUAUUUGGAUGAAAUUCGAAUUCAAAGAAUGAAUAGCAUUCCUCGGGCUGCAGAUGCUGAAACCAGAUGUAAUCAUCCAAGUCGUUCUGCUUUGAGAUCUGUUCAGGCCCAAGCAAAAUCUGCCUUCACUCCAACUCCAUCCCCUCAACAAGAUGUCACCCCUGGUGGAUGCAGCACUGUUUCUAAGUCAACUAGCAAACGUGAGGAGUUUUUAAAGGUUGCAAAAACGCUCUUUAACGAUGAAGCUCUAAAACCAUGCCCACGAUGUCAGUCGCCUGCUCGGUACAAUCCAAUGAAGAAACGAGGCCUCUGCAGUCGAGAAGGGUGUGCGUUUGACUUCUGCACUCAGUGUUUUUGUGGUUUCCAUGGUUCUAAAGAAUGUGGCAGCAGGUCUGCAAAACGUUUGGUCAAUAAAGGAGGACCACCGGGAAGUGCUCAAAGCAAGCGGAAUUUGAAGAGAUUGUAGUCUUGUGUAUAUGUGAAAGCACAUGAACCUUCCCCACCUGUCCUCAACCUCUUGGGUGUUAUAAGCUGCUUGUGCACCUGUAUACAAACAUUUCAGAAAGAACUACUUGAUGUUUACCUAGAUAAGAGUUUGUAUAUGAUGAAUAGUGAGUGGGGGGAACUUUGUAAUGCUGAGAUUACAACAUUUCCCCUUUCUCUUAAUUGUAAAUGCAUAUCCAAUUUUAGCCAUUUUUUUUCCUGUUUUCCAAAUAACUCUGUAUCCUUUGAUAACAUGCAGUACAUUUGAUAGAAACAAUUUGCUCCAAAGUCACUGAAUUGUUAUGAAUUUCUUGAGGGCAAUAAUUAAACAAGACAAUCCAAGAUCAAUGAAUAUAGGAUCAAAGUAUAAUCAUAAAUCCCUGGACCAAUGCUACGAAUGUAGGCUGUUUUAGAUUAAAUGAAUGGUGAUAUAAACUUAUAGUUUAUUUCUCCUCUUACUCUCUCCUCCUCAUCGCCUUUUUCUUUAAGUUAAAAGAAAAUGUUGUUGGACAUUGAGAAAAUGAAGACCACAGAGUUUGAAAUCUAACUUUCAUCCGUUGUUUCAGAUGUUUGUGAAGAACUGUUAAUUGUUGGCUCUGCCCAAUUCCGAGACAACAGGUAUGUGUAAAUAUACGGUAGCUUUUUGAAUGUAUAUAGUUUUUAUGCAUGUUAAUAGAAAUUGUCUUUUAAGUUGUUUUAAUCUGUAUGCUUAAUAAAGUUAUUUUAAUAAA